AUGGCCAUCGCCAUCCGAUCUUCCUCCGUUCCGUGCGCCGCUCGCGUCCCUACCCGCGUGGCAGCGCGCUUGUCCUCCUGUCACUUGUCCUCUCGCUCAAUUUCGCAUCUCUCGCAUGGCUCGCUCUCUUUGCGUCGCAACGGCGAUGAAUCUCGCUGGUUGAGUAGCCUGCGUACACGCGCUGGCGUUGAUGGCAAUGCUCGACGGAGACAGCACGUCGCGAGGCUUUCACUGUCGCACGAAACUGCGUCUCUAUCUGGCGAUAACGAGUCUGUUCUCAGCGAGGAUAAUGACGGCGAGGAGGAUCUUUUCGACCCGUUCGCGCCGGCUGACUUAGCCGACGACGACCACAUGUCCCUUGCCGAGAGCAUGCGUGAGCUGGACGAUCAGCUUUCACGCCGACCGUUGGAUCUAGAUCCGGCGGGGUACUUCAUAAUCUACGUGGACAGGGAGCAGCAGUGCCUGGUCGCGCAGCACUACGGCAACCUGAUCGACAGUAAAGGCCGGGCGUGCGAACCUGUGACGGGAAAACCCAUUCCCUGCGAUGGUUCCUACAAGCCGACCCCCCUCCGUGUCUACCGGGGUAGAACCGCAAAGGAGGUGAGCGUGAUGAUCCUAGAGCAGUACUUUGGACCUGGAGAGAAGAGCAGAGGAGCAGCAGAGCGGAAACGCAAGGAGAAUGCAGGUGCACAAGCAGGGACAGAGACAGCAGGAGCAUCGGCAGUAGCAUCAGUGACAACUGCUGAAGGUGUUUCCAAUUCGAUAUUGUCACAAAUGCCACCUGUCACUAUGCUGAACCAUGCGAAUUACCUGGGAAGGGAACUACAGCGGGCAGAGGUAGCGUUGCUCAAUGGUAGUGAGUACAUUCAAGACUAA